GACCCCGAGUAUAGGAUGAAUUUAUUAAAGCAGAUUUGUUUUCCAAAUUUCAGUCAUUAGGAAAUAAUCAUGUGGAUUUGAAAACAGGUGAAAUUGCGAAGAUUUAGCCCUUCAUUAUUUCUUGACUUAAGACUACAGGAGUAAUUUGCUAAUCGAGCUUGCUGAUUUUAAUUUCAAUCACCUUGCACAGCUUCUGGAAUUGGAAGUGAACAUCAUGGAUUCGACAACUGCUUCUUCUUCUCAGUAUAGUUUUGUAGGCUCUAACAGUGGAAAUGAGCCUCCUCUGCAUUCAGGAGCUUCAUCUAGCAUGGGGCUUCAACAAGGGCAACUUCAGCAAGAAGAUGAUGAGCUUGCUUGUGCAAUUUCAGUGACUCACAUCAAUCCAUCCAGGAUACUAACAAUCAUCUUCAGAGUAAAGAUUCCUUGUAUUCUGAUGAGGAGGAACUGGUUAUUAUUCAGUUUAAAGUUAGAAUUGAAGGGUGUUAAGAUGGAGAGAUUAAGCUAUGGAGGGAAUGGGAACUAUGGUUACGAAAAUGGGGUGGUGAUGACCAGAGACCCCAAACCCAGGCUGAGAUGGACGGCUGAUCUUCACGACCGAUUCGUCGACGCCGUAACUAAACUCGGUGGUCCUAACAAAGCAACUCCAAAGUCUGUCCUAAGACUGAUGGGGUUGAAAGGCUUGACACUAUACCAUUUGAAGAGCCAUUUACAGAAAUACAGAUUAGGACAGCAAUCCAGGAAGCAAAAUACUGCAGACCAGAACAAAGAGAAUGGUCGGAGUUCGUAUGUACAAUUUAGCAAUCAUUCUUCAGGGACAGUCACCAAUUCACCAAGAGCUGACGAUGAUAAAAGACAAAUCCAAAUGACAGAGGUACUCAAGUCUCAGAUGGAAGUACAAAAGACCUUAGAAGAGCAACUUGAGGUACAGAAGAAAUUGCAGAUGAGGAUAGAGGCUCAAGGAAAGUACUUGCAGGCAAUAUUAGAAAAAGCCCAAAAGAGCCUCUCAUUUGAUAUCCACAGCGAAGAGAACGUAGAAGAAAAAAGAGCACAACUAACAAAUUUCAACUUGCCUCUGUCCAGUCUCAUGGAUAGUACAAAUGAAGCUGACAGGAAAUCAAACAUGGCACAAAUGAAUCACGUAAUUCCCACCAAGGCCAACUUUUCUGCUAGUUUCCAUGGUCAUGGAGUGGGAGAUAGAGAAGAAAACAAACAUGUUAAGCGUAAAGUUGAGGGAGAUUCCAUUAAUUUAGACCUAAACACCAAAGAUAGCUAUGAGUAUGGUGCUGUAAAUGGAAACCAGCUUCAAUCACACUUUGUUUUUUCAUAAGAGAUGAAAUUUCAAAAACUCAUUGUAGUCUAUGAAAUUUAUUUUAACAUUUCCUUGAAUUCAUUUUUAUCUAUUGUUGUUAUCUACAACUCAAACAGAGACAAUAUAGGGGCAUCCAUUUGUUGAACAAAUAUUUUGUAAGUCAUUAAAUUCUCUUUUCGUUUCACUCUUAAGUUUAGACUUUGCCUUCUGGGUUUAAACGAAAAAAGGUGUAAGGCUUUUGGACUAUAUAUUCUCAUUGACACUUAAAUUUUGCUUUCGGCCAAA